CCCCACUCGCAAAACCUGGUCGUCGUCGCCUAUACCCCCUGGAUGGUGGUAGCGUUCACCCUCAGACUGCUAGUGAGAGACUGUUUAUGUCGGACGACUCGGAAAACCGCCCUGAAACCAUUGGUGCAUUUCUCUUCCUUCUCGGCUAUCUCACCACUUUCGCGCGUACCUAUUUUGCGUUGUUCACCUCACCUAAACGUGCAUCGCCGAGCUAGUUGCUCGACUUAUCAGCGCUUAGCACCGACGGACGGACCUUGAUUGGAGUAACCGCA